GGUGCAUUAGGCUACUUGUGUUCUUACUGUCACUAAGUUAUAACCAUUUAUAACGCGGAUUCUUUAAAUCCGUUCGAGUACUGUGUAGAGAGCGAUACCAGGGCCACUGCUCCCUUCAUGGAAGAAUGUAAGCUUGCCUCCCUGUCCCACCCCCCCAUUAGAAGAGUGGUGGAUUCCACAAAGUUGACACCCUGCAACAGCAAAUCCGAAUCCUUGCCUGACUCUAUGAGAUGUUUAAGCCCCGCCUUGAAGGCUGAAUCUGUGAUUGAAAGCACAGAUUCCACAGGGAUGGAGCCAAACGCAAGACUCAACAGAAGCUAUGACAUAGCAGAGAGGACAGAGUGGAAGACUUUAUAUGAGAUGACCCAGGAGGAAAAAGACAGACUAUCCAACAUGAAGGAGGAAGUAGAGGAAUGUGAGGAGAGGCAGAGUGUGAAAAUAGAGAGAGAAGAUGGUGUGAUGGAUGACAAGGGACUCAGGAGAGAGCAAGAAAAACCAAGGGAUGAACAGAAGGGGAAGGGUGGAGCUUAUCUAACCUGUCAGACUCACAAAUUUGAGAUUGGAGUGAAAUCAGAAUACGGUCAACAGGACAUGGAGGAGAUGUCCAAUCUGGUCACUGCCUGCCUGCUGAAUCAGCCAAGAGUGGUGAUUUGCAGAAUAAAAAUAACAGGUAAUUCAGUUCCUGAGUCACUAUGUCCCUUCGCCAGGAAAGAAGGCCAGGGAGUGACAUCUCGACAGAGAUGGCAGGAGCUCUCACCAAUGAAGGGAAAGUGUUCACUGAGUCAGAUGGACCAGGUCAUGACUUGGAAGAGAAAGAUGAUUGGCCAGCUGGCAAGACCGCAGAAACACCAGUCGGCUUCAUCAGAGAAUGGGCUCUGUCUUGAAGCCUCCCAUAACCCUACAGUCAUCUUCCCAAGGAAAGAGUACACGGGACAAACUGUUGAGGCAUCGUCUGAGGUCUUUGCCUGCUCUCAGUGCCCAUUUGUUCACACAGAGGAAGUGAAUCUUCACCAGCACUUGGAAAAGGUUCACGCAAAGGAGCUCAGAGAGACUCUGGUGUCUGGAAGAAGUGGAGCUGAGAACCCAUCCAACAGCAGAACAACUCAGUGCUCCAAAGCCUCUGAGACACUCCCCAUACCAACACAGUCCCACACAGGCACUUCAGGGGCCCACAAAUGCCCCCAGUGUGGGAAGAGCUUCCUAACCAAGUCAGGACUGACAAUCCACCAAAAAAACCACACAGAGGGGCGGCUAUAUCAUUGCUCCCAGUGUGAAAAGAGCUUCAAAAAAAAAUCUGAAUUGACAGUCCACACGCGAAGGCAUACAGGGGAGUGCCCAUACCACUGCUCCCAGUGUGCGAAGAGCUUUGUCUCCUCAUCACUCCUGACCAGACACCAGCGAACCCAUACAGGGGAACGUCCAUACCACUGCUCCCAGUGUGGAAAGAGCUUCAAAACCAAAUUUGAAUUGACAAUCCACGCACGAAGUCAUACAGGGGAGCGGCCAUACCACUGCUCCCAGUGUGAAAAGAGCUUCAAAAAAAAAUCUGAAUUGACAGGCCACACACGAAGGCAUACAGGGGAGCGCCCAUACCACUGCUCCCAGUGUGCGAAGAGCUUUGUCUCGUCAUCGCUCCUGACCAGACACCAGCAAACCCAUACAGUGGAGCGGCCAUUCCACUGCUCCCAGUGUGGAAAGAGCUACAAAUACAAAUCUGAAUUGACAAUCCACACACGAAGACAUACAGGGGAGCGGCCAUACCACUGCUCCCAGUGUGCAAAGAGCUUUGUCUCGUCAUCGGUCCUGACCACACACCAGCUAACCCAUAAAGGGGAGCGGCCAUACCACUGCUCCCAGUGUGAGAUGAGUUUUAUCUCGUCAUCGAACCUGACCAGACACCAACAAACCCAUACAGGGGAGCGGCCAUACCACUGCUCCCAGUGUGGAAAGAGCUUUGGAUCGUCAUCGCUCCUGACCCAACACCAGCGAACCCAUACAGGGGAGCGGCCAUACCACUGCUCCCAGUGUGGGAUGAGUUUUAUCUCGUCAUCGAACCUGACCAGACACCAACAAACCCAUACAGGGGAGCGGCCAUACCACUGCUCCCAGUGUGGAAAGAGCUUUGGAUCGUCAUCGCUCCUGACCCAACACCAGCGAACCCAUACAGGGGAACGUCCAUACCACUGCUCCCAGUGUGGAAAGAGUUUUUUCUCGUCAUCAAAACUGACCACACACCAACAAACCCAUACAGGGGAGCGGCCAUACCACUGCUCCCAGUGUGGAAAGAGCUUUGGCUCGUCAUCGCUCCUGACCCAACACCAGCGAACCCAUACAGGGGAACGUCCAUACCACUGCUCCCAGUGUGGAAAGAGUUUUUUCUCGUCAUCAAAACUGACCACACACAAGCGAACCCAUACAGGCGAGCGGCCAUACCACUGCUCCCAGUGUGGAAAGAGCUUCAUUUCAAAAUUUGAUUUGACAAUCCACUCACGACUACAUACCGGGGAACGCCCAUACCACUGCUCCCACUGUGAAAAGAGCUUCAAGUCAAAAUCAGAAUUGUCACACCACACACAAAGACAUAUGGGGGAACGCCCAUACCACUGCUCCCACUGUGAAAAGAGCUUCAAAUUUAAAUAUGAAUUGACAGUCCACACACAAAGACAUACAAGGGAGCGGCUAUACCACUGCUCCCAGUGUGGGAAGAACGUAAAAACAAAAAAAAGAUUGACAGUCCACAAGUUAACUCAUCCAGGGGAACGCCCAUAGCACUGCUCCCAGUGUGGGAAGAGCUAUGCCUUGUCAUCGCAUCUCACCAGACACCUGCUAAUCCAUACAGGGGAGCGGCCACACCACUGCUCCCAGUGUGGGUGGAGCUUCAUUUCAAAAUCUGAAUUGACAGUCCACUCACGACUACAUACUGGGGAAUGUCCAUACCACUGCUCCCACUGUGAAAAGAGCUUCAAAUCAAAAUCAGAAUUGUCACUCCACACACGAAGACAUAUGGGGGAACGUCCAUACCACUGCUCCCACUGUGAAAAGAGCUUAAAAUCUCAAUAUGAAUUGACAGUCCACACACAAAGCCAUACAGGGGAACGGCCAUUCCACUGCUCCCUCUGUGAAAAGAGCUUCAAAUCAAAAAAAGAUUUGUCACGCCACACACAAAGGCAUACAGAGGAACGCCCAUACCACUGCUCCCAGUGUGGGAAGAGCUUCAAAUCAAAAUCAGAAUUGACAAUCCACACUCGAAGGCAUAAGGGGGAACGCCCAUACCACUGCUCCCAGUGUGGAAAGAGCUUCAAAACCAAAUUUGAAUUGACAAUCCACGCACGAAGUCAUACAGGGGAGCGGCUGGAAGUGGAAAAAAUUCACAUCAAAUACAGGACUGAAAUACCACCAGCUUACUCACACAAGGGAAGUAAGUUCCCAGUUUGGGAAGAUCUUCAAAUCUAAAUCUCAAUUGACAAUCCACAUGCAAAGUCAUCCAGAAGAAGGCCAUACCACUGCUCCCAGUGUGGCAAGAACUUCAAAACAAAAUCAGUAUUGAUAGUCCACACACGGCUCAAUACCACUUCUCCCAGUCUGGGAAGGGUUUCGUCAUCGCACCUGAUCACACGGCAGAGAACUCAUACAGGAUGACGCCUCUACCACUGCACCCAAUGUGGAAAGAACUUAAUGAAGUUAAGGGAUCCGCAGAGACAUCGGAAGUCUCGUGUUUUAAUACUGUAUUAAUGUGACCUUACAGGUUUGUAUCCUGACACAGUGGACCCAGGAGAGCAGCCAUGCAGUAUUGUGUUGCUGUCAGUGUGGGAGCAUUGGGCCUGAGGCUGGCCUGUAGCGUUGUGGUUAAGAUGCAUGACUGGGACCCGCAAGGUCAGUGGCCGGUGUAGCCACAAUAAGAUCCACACAGCCCUUGGGCCCUUGAACAAGGCCCUUAACCCUGCAUUGCUCAAGGGGAGGAUUGUCACUUUGGAUAAAUGAGAGCCUAUUGAGCCCUUUUGUCUCUAAUCUGGGAGCAAACGCAUGAUAAGGGAUCAUAAGCCUAACUGCACAAUCAGAUGACGAAUGGUGGAAAGGAUGAGUGCUUAAAUUCUGUAUUGUAUUUAGGAAAGUCAGUUAAAUAAUAUGAAGAUGUGUUAAAAUAAUUAAAGGCUAUGUUUGUUCAAUAUGAACCCUGUUCAGGGAUAACAGUCCAAAGUAUUUACCUUUGUUCCACAUGACCAGUGUUUGUACAUCGAGCGGCAGAGUAGCCUAGUGGUAGAAUAUUUGACUGGAAACUGUGCAUUUGGUGGUUCAAGCCCUGAGUUGGCAUAUAGGGAUGCUGGCCUGCAUCUUGAGAGAUGAAAUUCGGUCCCUAAAAUAAAAAAUAACCCUGCUGUUGGGCCCUUGUGCAAACCAAAAAACAGCUCCAGGGGCUUUUCUUUCUGGCUCGCUCUCUCUCUCGUCCCACUUGCAAAAGUUCCCACUGACAUUUAUCCCAGGGCA